CGCUAACUUCCAGUUCCCAUAGUAAAUGACCUGUGCGAAGUUGCACUUUUGACAACGCAAAUACGUAGAUGGACCCCAGGAAAUAUGUGACUUCGUUGAAUUAAAACCAUCUCACAGACACAUUCAAGAUGGUGUUAGAAAGCAUUGCGAGGAUUAUUAAGAUCCAGCUCCCAGCCUACCUCAAAAAGCUACCUUUACCAGAAACGAUCGGAGGUUUUGCGAGUUUAACAGUUUCAGAGUGGCUCCGGCUGCUUCCCCUGUUGGGUAUUCUGGCCCUCCUGGGCUACCUCACCAUCCGGCCCUUCCUUCCCAAGAAGAAGAAACAGAAGGACAGCCUCAUCAACCUAAAGAUCCAAAAAGAGAACCCCAAAGUUGUCAACGAGAUCGACAUUGAGGACCUGAAAAGCACCAACGCCUGCUACUGCAGGUGCUGGCGAUCCAAAACGUUUCCUGUUUGUGAUAAAUCGCACAUUAAGCACAACGAGCUGACGGGGGACAACGUGGGCCCGUUAAUACUGAAGAAGAAAAUUCUAUAAUCCCGCACUCCUGUUGGGCAGUCUAUAGGUCUUUUAAAAUGUGUCUAUUGAGAGACGGGCCUCUUUUUUUACUGUUUUGUAUCAUUUAGCUGUUUCUGACACUUUAAUUUUUUGAUGAGGUGUGUGGCGGGGGGUUACCUUAUAGAAAGGUAGCACAAAUGUUGCCUGUGUUCCAUGGUAGCUUCAGAAAUACAACUCAUUAUCAUAUCAGGAGCACAAAACCUGAACAACUGGUAAAGCAUGACUUUCAUACUACAAUGUGACUUAAAUAUUGUCCACAUGUAGAGAUGAUCUGAAUAUCAAUUCAGAUGUUUAUUAUUUUUUUUUUUGUUGCUUCAUUUCAACUUGACUAUGACUUGAAACAUGACAAUGAUGCUGUUAAUUUUAUUUAGCCUUCAACCGUUUUUCAGCUUUUGCCUCGCUUAGGAUAGGAAGCUCAUUUUCUAUAGUUAAAACCAAUUCUAGCAUCUUAAUUAAAAACAGUGGUUCAGUAUCAAGCAACUUGGCAGGAUUAAAAAGGCUAAUCCUUUGCUUAUCUUCUGCGAAGGGGACUUUACCUGUGUAGAACGCUUAUUUGAGAGCAUUAAGGGGCUGUAGGACCCAAAAUGGCCUCGCAGACAGUCUUGUGUAGUUUUGAACAGCUGGGAUCAUAUUCAGGGAACCAACUUUAUAAUAAUAUAUAUAUUUUAUUAUUCCAGAUUCAAGCUCAGUGAAUCAGUACCAGCCUUUACCAUCAAUACCAGUCAUCUCCCAAAGAAAAAUUAAAUGCAUUUGAAGAAUCACUUUCCAUAGUUUUCAUAUCAAUAAAUAAGAUGUGAAGAGGCUUACUGUUUGUAUUGGCACCAUGCUGAAUGUCUUAUUUUUACAUAAUUGGCAAACAUUUACUGCCAUUCUAAUUUGAUUGUUAUUUUUACCCUUGGCAGAUCAAUCACGACACAUUUUUCCCUGCAGUAGAUUGUAUUGUUUCUGUUUAUUCAAAAUGUUCGUUGGAAAUAAAUCCUUUUGGUUGUAAUGUCUGGUAUGUGAGUAGCUGUAAUAAAGUUUCUGAUGGUUUUUGUAACAAA